AUGAAAUCAAGGCAAGUUUUCAUAUUCCAUUUCAUCCUGGCUCUGCACGGAGCUGCUUUCCCAGCGUUUAAUCGAGCCUGUUAUUUGUUCUCCUCACAGAGCCAGGCCUUGGCCCACUACAAGGGGACCAAACAUGCCAAGAAGCUAAAAGCCCUGGACACUCCGAAGAGUAAGCUCAAAGGCUCAGUGGUCACCAAGGAAACCACCAACCAGGAGAUCGCCAAGGGCAUCAACACCUCGCAGGUCCCCGACGGCACCGACAGGAAAGAUGGCGUUCCUGGAGCAUUGGCACUACCACUAUCCCCUGUGCUCAGACCGGCACUACCUUUGGCAUCUUUGGCCUCCUUGACGACCCUCAGGACGCCAACGCCAGCACCUGUGGCCCCACCGAUACUCCCGAGUGCCACGCCGGCCACAGCCCCUGAGACUACCUCAGCUUCAGGAGGGGACUCAACUCUCAAUUCUCCCUCAGAACCAGACCUGGAGCCUGAGGCCGAACCCGAGGCGGAGACUGACCCAGAAACAGAGGAGGAGAAAGCCAAACGCCUUCUGUACUGCUCGCUGUGCAAAGUGGCGGUCAAUUCGGCCUCGCAGCUGGAGGCUCACAACAGCGGUACGAAGCACAAGACGAUGCUCGAGGCCAGGACCGGCGUCGGCUCCAUCAAGUCUUUCCCCCGACCAGGCGUCAAAAGCAAACUGGCUCAAACCUCUAAAUCAACGACGGGCCUGCAGAACAAAACGUUUUACUGUGAGACGUGUGACGUGCAUGUCAACUCAGAGACUCAGCUAAAACAGCACAUCAGCAGCCGGCGUCAUAAAGACCGAGCAGCAGGUAAACCAGCCAAACCCAAAUACAGCCCCUACAGCAAACCGCAGAAAGGCCAGACCAAGCAGCCGAUAAAGCUGACCCUGGGUAAGGAUCGCCAGUGUCCGUCUCUCACCGCGCAGAUCAUACCUGCUCACCUGGCAGCGGUGGCAGCAGCCGCCGCCGCCAGCCUCAGCAACACUUUCACACACCGCACGAACCACGCCACUAACCACGCCCCCACCCCCGGCCUCUUCCACACACAGACCCUCCCCGCUGCACUGCUCCGCCCGGCCCCCGGGCCUGUCAGGACCUCCCACCCACAAGUCCUAUUUGCCCCUUACUGACCUGUUUGACCCGGGGGGCGGCUCUGCACCGCCUCCUGUCAAGGACCAAACAAUGUGUUUCACCCAAACCAGGCCAAGGAGUCGUGUCAGCAUCUGCACUCCUUCUAUGCAUCCGGGAAACAUCGUCCCACCUCUCCUUGUAUGGAUUUCAAAGUUAAACCGGACUGCAGCGAAGCAUCAGACGCUGUCUCAUGAUGGAUUUAUUUCUGUAAUUCUACUGACAAACCUGGACUACAGUAGACCCACUUCCUGUGCCAUCCUGCAGCACAUGGCUCACACCCGGACCUGGACCUACAUUGUACCGCAAUAAUGUAUAAGACUAACCCCGUGAACUAUGCAGUGUCAUUAUUUCAUGAUGCAAGGCACAGUUUGAGCUAAAAAUACAAUAGGGAUAUGCUUUUUGUAAAGAUACAGCGUGGCACUAAGAUCAUUGCUUUAGUGGAGGAUUACUGUCGCUCGUAAUUUAAAAGGCUGUUACUGAUCAUAAGAGCGAGCAAAGGCCCUCCUCUGUUCCUGUAUGCACUUUAAGCCCCUCCUCUGUUGGUGUCUACAUUAGAUGGCUAGACUGUGUUAGAUUGUUAGAGUACGUGUCGUGAUGUGUGUUUUUGUAUCUGUCCUUGCAUAUCUGUAUGUAUGUGCGCAAGUGUGUGCUUCUGCAUGUGUGCUUGCUCAUGUGUGCAUGAGGGUGUGGAUUUGGAUGUAUGUAUGUUUCUGUGUGUGUGU